AUGCCUGGGUGCUGAGCGGUAAUCCCGAGUGCCCGGCGACAUGAGCUGCAACGGGGGGUCCCACCCGCGGAUCAACACGCUGGGCCGCAUGAUCCGCGCCGAGUCCGGCCCGGACCUGCGCUACGAGGUGACCUGCGGCGGCGGUGGCGGCGGCGGCGGCGGAGGCGCCGCCAGGACCUACUACUCGCGGCGCAGCGCCGUCAACGACCAGAACUCGGACGGCUACUGCCAAACUGGCACCGUGUCCAGGCACCAGAACCAGAACACUAUCCAGGAGCUCCUGCAGAACUGCUCAGACUGCCUGAUGCGAGCAGAGCUCAUUGUGCAGCCUGAACUAAAAUAUGGAGAUGGAAUACAGCUUGCUCGGAGUAGAGAACUGGAUGAAUGUUUUGCACAGGCCAAUGACCAGAUGGAAAUCACGGACAGCUUGAUCCGGGAGAUGCGGCAGAUGGGCCAGCCCUGUGAUGCUUAUCAGAAAAGGCUGCUCCAGCUCCAGGAGCAAAUGCGAGCUCUGUAUAAGGCCAUCAGCGUCCCUCGGGUCCGAAGGGCCAGCUCUAAGGGAGGUGGAGGCUACACUUGUCAGAGUGGCUCUGGCUGGGAUGAGUUUACAAAGAGACUCACCGGUGAAUGUCUGGGCUGGAUGAGACAGCAAAGGGCAGAGAUGGAUAUGGUGGCAUGGGGCGUGGACCUGGCCUCAGUGGAGCAGCACAUCAACAGCCACAGGAGCAUUCACAAUGCCAUUGGAGACUACCGCUGGCAGCUGGACAAAAUUAAAGCUGACCUGCGUGAGAAGUCUGCAAUCUACCAAUUGGAGGAGGAAUAUGAAAACUUGCUGAAAUCAUCCUUUGAGAGGAUGGACCACCUGCGUCAGCUACAGAGCAUCAUCCAGGCCACAUCUCGAGAGAUCAUGUGGAUCAAUGAUUGUGAGGAGGAAGAGCUGCUGUAUGAUUGGAGCGACAAAAACACCAACAUUGCUCAGAAGCAGGAGGCUUUCUCUAUUCGUAUGAGUCAACUGGAAGCCAAGGAGAAAGAGCUCAAUAAGCUGAAACAGGAAAGUGACCAACUUGUUCUCAAUCAGCAUCCAGCUUCAGACAAAAUUGAGGCAUACAUGGACACUCUGCAAACACAGUGGAGCUGGAUUCUGCAGAUCACCAAGUGCAUUGAUGUUCAUCUCAAAGAAAAUGCUGCCUACUUUCAGUUUUUUGAAGAGGCACAGUCUACCGAAUCCUAUCUGAAGGGCCUGCAGGACUCCAUCAGGAAGAAGUACCCCUGUGAUAAGAACAUGCCCUUGCAGCACUUGCUGGAGCAGAUCAAGGAGCUAGAGAAAGAACGGGAGAAAAUCCUUGAGUAUAAGCGGCAGGUACAGAACUUGGUAAACAAGUCCAAGAAGAUUGUGCAGCUGAAACCAAGGAACCCAGACUACAGGAGCAAUAAACCCAUCAUUCUCAGAGCUCUCUGUGACUACAAACAGGACCAGAAAAUUGUGCACAAAGGAGAUGAAUGCAUUCUGAAGGACAACAAUGAGCGCAGCAAGUGGUAUGUGACAGGACCGGGAGGCGUGGACAUGCUUGUUCCUUCUGUGGGGCUCAUCAUUCCUCCUCCCAAUCCACUGGCUGUGGACCUCUCUUGCAAGAUUGAGCAAUACUAUGAAGCCAUCUUGGCUCUGUGGAACCAGCUCUAUAUCAACAUGAAGAGUUUGGUGUCCUGGCACUACUGCAUGAUUGACAUUGAGAAAAUCAGGGCCAUGACUAUCGCCAAGCUGAAAACCAUGCGGCAGGAGGAUUACAUGAAGACCAUAGCUGACCUUGAGCUUCAUUACCAAGAGUUUAUCAGAAACAGCCAAGGCUCUGAGAUGUUUGGAGAUGACGACAAGCGAAAGAUGCAGUCUCAGUUCACCGAUGCUCAGAAGCAUUACCAGACUCUGGUCAUCCAGCUCCCUGGCCACCCCCAGCACCAAACAGUAACCAAGACAGAAAUCACACAUGUUGGUUCGUGCCAAGACGUCAAUCAUAAUAAAGUCAUUGAAACCAACAGAGAAAAUGACAAGCAAGAAACAUGGUUGCUUAUGGAGCUCCAGAAGAUUCGCAGGCAGAUGGAGCAUUGUGAGGGUCGGAUGUCCCUCAGAAACCUCCUGCUGACAGACCAAGCCUCUACACACCACAUCACAGUGAAAAUAAAUGAGCUCAAGAGCAUACAGAAUGAUUCACAAGCGAUUGCUGAAGUUCUCAACCAGCUUAAAGAUAUGCUUGCUAACUUCAGAGGUUCAGAAAAAUACUGCUACCUACAGAAUGAGGUGUUUGGGCUCUUUCAAAAGCUGGAAAAUAUCAAUGGUGUUUCAGAUGGCUACUUAAAUAGCUUAUGCUCAGUGAGAGCCCUUCUCCAGGCUAUUCUCCAAACGGAAGACAUGUUAAAGGUCUAUGAAGCCAGGCUCACUGAGGAGGAAACUGUCUGCCUGGACCUAGAUAAAGUGGAGGCUUAUCGCUGUGGACUGAAGAAAAUAAAAAAUGACUUGAACUUGAAGAAGUCACUGCUGGCCACCAUGAAGACAGAGCUACAGAAAGCCCAGCAGAUCCAUUCACAGUCUUCUCAGCAGUAUCCUCUCUAUGACCUAGACUUGGGAAAGUUCAGUGAGAAAGUCAUACAGCUGUCUGAUCGCUGGCAGAAAAUAGAUAAACAGAUAGACUUCAGAUUAUGGGACCUGGAGAAACAAAUUAAGCAACUGAGGAAUUAUCGUGAUAAUUAUCAGAGUUUCUGUAAAUGGCUGUAUGAUGCCAAGCGUCGCCAAGAUUCCUUAGAGUCCAUGAAGUUUGGAGAUUCCAGUACAGUCAUGCGGUUUUUGAAUGAGCAGAAGAACUUGCACAAUGAAAUAUCUGGCAAACGAGACAAAUCAGAAGAAGUGCAAAAAAUUGCUGAACUUUGUGCAAAUUCAAUUAAGGAUUAUGAACUCCAAUUGGCAUCGUACACUUCCGGACUGGAAACUCUGCUGAACAUACCUAUUAAGAGAACCAUGGUUCAGUCCCCAUCUGGGGUGAUUCUGCAAGAGGCUGUAGACAUUCAUGCUCGGUACAUAGAGCUACUUACAAGGUCUGGAGAUUAUUAUAGAUUCUUAAGUGAGAUGCUGAAGAGUUUGGAGGAUCUGAAGCUAAAAAAUACCAAGAUUGAAGUUUUGGAAGAGGAACUCAGACUGGCCCGAGAUGCCAACUCAGAAAAUUGUAAUAAGAACAAAUUCCUGGAUCAGAACCUGCAAAAAUACCAGGCAGAGUGUUCCCAGUUCAAAGCAAAGCUUGUGAGCUUGGAGGAGCUGAAGAGACAAGCUGAGCUAGAUGGAAAGUCAGCAAAACAAAAUCUAGACAAGUGUUAUGCCCAAAUAAAAGAGCUCAAUGAGAAAAUCACCCGACUGACUUAUGAGAUUGAAGAUGAAAAGCGAAGAAGAAAGACUGUGGAGGACAGAUUUGACCAGCAAAAGAAUGAUUAUGACCAGCUGCAGAAAGCAAGGCAGUGUGAAAAAGAGAACCUCGGCUGGCAGAAAUUAGAGUCUGAGAAAGCCAUCAAGGAUAAGGAGUAUGAGAUAGAAAGGUUGAGGGUUCUGCUGCAGGAAGAAGGCGCCCGGAAGAGAGAAUAUGAAAAUGAGCUGGCAAAGGUAAGAAAACACUAUAAUGAGGAGAUGAGUAAUUUAAGGAACAAGUAUGAAACAGAAAUUAACAUUACGAAGACCACCAUCAAGGAGAUAUCUAUGCAGAAAGAGGAUGAUUCCAAAAAUCUUAGAAACCAGCUUGACAGACUCUUGAGGGAGAACCGAGAUCUGAAGGAUGAGAUUGUCAGGCUCAACGACAGCAUCCUGCAGGCCACUGAGCAACGAAGGCGGGCUGAAGAAAAUGCUCUUCAGCAAAAAGCCUGUGGCUCUGAGAUCAUGCAGAAAAAGCAACAUCUGGAGAUUGAACUGAAGCAGUUCAUCCAGCAGCGUUCAGAGGACAAUGCAAGACAUAAGCAGUCCCUGGAGGAAGCCGCCAAGACCAUUCAAGACAAAAACAAAGAGAUCGAAAGACUCAAAGCUGAGUUUCAGGAGGAGGCCAAACGCCGUUGGGAAUAUGAAAAUGAACUGAAUAAGGUAAGAAACAGUUAUGAUGAGGAGAUCAUUAGCUUAAAAAACCAGUUUGAGACCGAGAUCAAUAUCACCAAGACUACCAUCCACCAGCUCACCAUGCAAAAAGAAGAAGACACCAGUGGCUACCGAGCUCAGAUUGACAGUCUCACCAGAGAAAACAGGAAUUUAGCUGAAGAGAUUAAGAGGCUAAAGAACACCUUAGCUCAGACCACUGAGAAUCUCAGGAGAGUUGAAGAAAAUGUCCAACAGCAAAAGGCUACUGGCUCGGAGAUGACUCAGAGGAAACAACAAUUGGAGAUUGAGCUGAGACAAGUGACUCAGAUGCGGACUGAAGAGAGCAUGAGAUACAAGCAAUCACUUGAUGAUGCUGCCAAGACAAUCCAGGAUAAAAACAAGGAGAUAGAUAGAUUAAAACAACUGGUAGAAAAAGAAACCAAUGAACGGAAGUGCCUGGAAGAUGAAAAUGCAAAAUUGCAAAAGGUCCAGUAUGACCUGCAAAAAGCUAACAGCAGUGCAUCUGAGACCAUAAGUAAAUUGAAAUUUCAAGAGCAAGAAUUGAUGCGCCUGAGGAUAGACUAUGAAAGGGUCUCCCAGGAGAGGACCGUGAAGGAUCAGGACAUCACACGCUUUCAGAGCUCUCUGAAGGACCUGCAGUUGCAGAAGCAGAAAGUGGAGGAGGAGCUGAAUCGGCUGAAGAGGACAGCCUUCGAAGAUUCCUCUAAGAGGAAGAAGCUGGAGGAUGAGCUGGAAGGCUUGAGGAGGUCUUUGAAAGAGCAAGCCAUCAAAAUCACUAAUCUGACCCAGCAGCUGGAGCAGGCAUCCAUUGUUAAGAAAAGGAGUGAGGAUGACCUCAGGCAGCAGAGGGAGGUGCUGGAUGGACACAUGAGGGAUAAGCAAAGAACUCAGGAGGAGUUGAAGAUGCUGUCUUUGGAAGUGGAGGCCUUGAGGCGGCAGCUGGUACAGGAGCAAGAAAAUGUGAAGCAGGCUCACUUGAGGAAUGAGCACUUCCAAAAGGCCAUAGAAGAUAAGAGCAGAAGUCUUAAUGAAAGCAAGAUAGAAAUCGAGAGGCUGCAGUCUCUCACAGAGAACCUGACAAAGGAGCACUUGAUGUUGGAGGAAGAACUACGGAAUCUGAGGCUGGAAUAUGAUGACCUGAGAAGGGGCCGGAGCGAAGCGGAUAGUGAUAAAAACUCUACCAUCUCUGAAUUAAGGACCCAAUUGCAGAUCAGCAACAACCGAACUUUGGAACUGCAGGGGCUGAUUAAUGAUUUACAGAGAGAGAGGGAAAAUUUGAGACAGGAAAUUGAGAAAUUCCAAAAGCAGGCUUUAGAGGCAUCUAAUAGGAUCCAGGAAUCAAAGAGUCAAUGCACUCAGGUGGUUCAGGAGAGAGAGAGCCUUCUGGUGAAAAUCAAAGUCCUGGAGCAAGACAAGGCCAGGCUGCAGCGGUUAGAGGAUGAGCUGAAUCGUGCAAAGGCAACGCUGGAGGCAGAAAGCAGGGUGAAACAGCGCCUGGAGUGUGAGAAGCAGCAGAUCCAGAAUGACCUGAAUCAGUGGAAAACUCAGUAUUCUCGAAAGGAGGAGGUGAUCAAGAAGAUAGAGUCAGAAAGAGAAAAGAGUGAGAGAGAGAAGAACUGCCUGAAGAGUGAGAUCGAAAGACUCCAAGCAGAGAUCAAGAGGAUUGAGGAGAGGUGCAGACGAAAGCUGGAGGAGUCCAGUAGGGAGACACAGUCACAGCUGGAAAAUGAGCGCUGCAGGCUUCAGAAGGAGAUUGAUAAGCUCAGACAGCGCCCCUAUGGGUCCCAUCGGGAGACCCAGACUGAAUAUGAAUGGACUGUUGACUCUUCCAAGCUGGUGUUUGAUGGACUAAGGAAGAAGGUGACUGUGAUGCAGCUCUAUGAGUGCCAGCUGAUUGACAAGACAACGUUGGACAAACUGUUGAAGGGGAAGAAAUCAGUGGAAGAAGUGGCUUCUGAAAUCCAGCCUUUCCUGCGAGGUACAGGGGUUAUUGCUGGUGCUUCAGCUUCCCCCAAGGAAAAAUACUCUUUGGUAGAGGCCAAGAGGAAGAAAUUCAUCACCCCAGAAUCUACAGUCAUGCUUCUGGAGGCCCAGGCAGCUACAGGUGGUAUCAUUGAUCCCCAUCGGAAUGAGAAACUCACUGUUGACAAUGCCAUAGCUCGUGAUCUCAUUGACUUCGAUGACCGCCAGCAGAUCUAUACAGCAGAAAAAGCUAUCACUGGUUUUGAUGAUCCCUUUUCAGGCAAGACAGUAUCUGUUUCGGAAGCCAUCAAGAAAAAUUUGAUUGACAGAGAAACCGGAAUGCGCCUGCUGGAAGCCCAGCUUGCUUCAGGUGGUAUAGUAGACCCUGUGAAUAGUGUCUUCUUGCCAAAAGAUGUCGCCUUGGCCCGUGGGCUGAUUGACCGAGAUUUAUAUCGUUCCCUUAAUGAUCCCCGAGAUAGUCAGAAGAACUUCGUGGAUCCAGUCACCAAAAAGAAGGUCAGUUACAUGCAGCUCAGGGAACGGUGCAGGAUUGAACCCCACACGGGUCUGCUGUUGCUGUCAGUGCAGAAGAGAAGCAUGUCCUUCCAGGGAAUCAGACAACCUGUGACCGUCACUGAGCUGGUGGAUUCUGGUAUACUGAGACCAUCCACUGUCAAUGAACUGGAAUCAGGUCAGAUUUCUUAUGAUGAAGUGGGAGAGAGAAUUAAGGACUUCCUCCAGGGUUCAAGCUGUAUAGCAGGCAUAUACAAUGAGACCACAAAACAGAAGCUUGGCAUUUAUGAGGCCAUGAAAAUUGGCCUAGUUCGACCUGGUACCGCUCUGGAGUUGCUGGAAGCCCAGGCAGCUACUGGUUUCAUAGUGGAUCCUGUUAGCAACUUGAGGUUACCUGUAGAGGAAGCCUAUAAAAGAGGCCUGGUAGGCAUUGAGUUUAAAGAGAAGCUCCUGUCUGCAGAACGAGCUGUCACUGGUUAUAAUGAUCCCGAAACUGGAAACAUCAUCUCUUUGUUCCAAGCUAUGAACAAGGAACUUAUUGAAAAGGGCCAUGGCAUUCGCUUACUGGAAGCACAGAUUGCCACUGGUGGAAUCAUUGACCCAAAGGAGAGCCAUCGUUUACCUGUUGACAUGGCCUAUAAGAGGGGGUAUUUUAACGAGGAGCUUAGUGAGAUUCUCUCAGAUCCAAGUGAUGAUACUAAAGGAUUUUUUGAUCCCAACACUGAAGAAAAUCUUACCUAUCUGCAACUAAAAGAAAGAUGCAUUAAGGAUGAGGAGACUGGGUUGUGUCUUCUGCCUCUGAAGGAGAAGAAGAAACAGGUACAGACAUCACAAAAGAAUACCCUCAGGAAGCGAAGAGUGGUCAUAGUUGACCCAGAAACCAAUAAGGAGAUGUCUGUUCAGGAAGCCUACAAGAAAGGCCUUAUUGAUUAUGAGACCUUCAGAGAGCUGUGUGAGCAGGAAUGUGAAUGGGAAGAAAUAACCAUCACAGGGUCAGAUGGGUCUACCAGGAUAGUACUAGUAGAUAGGAAGACAGGAAGUCAAUAUGAUAUUCAAGAUGCUAUUGAAAAGGGCCUUGUUGAUAGGAAGUUCUUUGAGCAGUACCGAUCGGGAAGCCUUAGCCUCACUCAGUUUGCUGACAUGAUCUCCUUGAAAAAUGGUGUAGGCAGUAGUAGUGGUAUGAGCAGUAGUGUCAAUGAUGAUGUUUUUAGCAGCUCCCGACAUGAAUCAGUAAGUAAAAUUUCCACCAUAUCUAGUGUGCGGAAUCUAACCAUCAGGAGCAGCUCUCUUUCUGAUCCCCUGGAGGAAUCGAGCCCCAUUGCAGCCAUCUUUGACACUGAAAACCUGGAGAAAAUAUCCAUCACAGAAGGUAUAGAGAGGGGCAUUGUCGAUAGCAUCACUGGUCAGAGGCUUCUGGAAGCUCAGGCCUGCACAGGUGGCAUCAUCCAUCCUACCACUGGGCAGAGGCUAUCACUUCAGGAUGCAGUCUCCCAGGGUCUCAUUGACCAAGAUAUGGCUACCAGGCUGAAGCCUGCUCAGAAAGCCUUCAUUGGCUUUGAAGGUGUGAAGGGAAAGAAGAAAAUGUCAGCAGUAGAGGCAGUGAAAGAAAAAUGGCUCCCCUAUGAGGCAGGCCAACGCUUCCUGGAAUUCCAGUUCCUCACUGGAGGCCUGGUAGACCCAGAGGUGCAUGGGAGGAUAAGCACAGAAGAAGCCAUCAGAAAGGGGUUCAUCGAUGGCCGAGCAGCUCAGAGAUUGCAAGACAUCAGCAGCUACGCCAAAAUCCUGACCUGCCCCAAAACCAAAUUAAAAAUAUCCUACAAAGAUGCUAUGAAUCGCUCCAUGAUGGAAGAUGUCACUGGUUUGCGCCUUCUAGAAGCAGCGUCGGUGUCCUCCAAGGGCUUACCUAGCCCAUAUAAUAUGUCUUCAGCCCCAGGCUCCCGCUCAGGGUCCCGCUCAGGGUCCCGCUCCGCGUCUCGUUCAGGCUCUCGCUCUGGUUCCCAAAGUGGGUCCCGAAGAGGAAGCUUUGAUGCCACAGGGAAUUCUUCCUACUCCUAUACCUACUCCUUUAGCACCAGCUCUACUGGGCACUAG